CAGAGAGACGUUGGUAUGUCAUGUGGCAUUCCACACUUCAAAUUUGGAAAACACAGAGAGAGAGAGAGUGAGAGCAAAAAACAACAACAACUGUUCAGUCUCACAAACAAACCUUUUCCCAAAAAGCCAUAAUGUUCUUCUUCAUUCCCUCGUCUUUUCCAGGAUGCUGUGCCCACAGCAACCUCAACGGUCCCUUCAUACACGAUAAUCUAUAAAACCCACCUCCCAAGUUCCUUGUGUUUUUCAAACUCAUUCACUGUUACUGCAAAUACUGUAACUGUUGCUAUUUUGGGACAUGUUGGAGGAGAGUGAGCCAUUAUUGGGGUGAUUUUUUUUUUUUUGUUCAAAAAGCAAAGCUUUUGCUUCUGAGGGAAAAAGUUGCGCAAGAUGGAUGCUUUAUGCAACAAGGGUGAAAAUUUUCAAAAGAAAAAAGAUGGGGUUCCUUCUUCUUCUAGUGAUUCAACUCACGAAUGUUCUUCUCCUUCUCUUGGCUGGCCUAUUCGGAAGGCUACACUCUCCAAAUGCCGCAAAUCAGAUGAAAAAGAAAAUGAACCUGUUUCUCACUUGGAAGAUUCAAAAUUUACCACUGUCAGUUCCAAAAUGUCAGGAAUUGAUGCAAUGAAGGAAAGGUUUGCAAAAUUACUGCUUGGGGAAGAUAUGUCAGGAUCUGGGAAAGGAGUGUGCAGUGCUUUGGCCAUCUCUAAUGCUAUCACUAAUCUCUGUGCAACUGUGUUUGGGCAAUUGUGGAGACUAGAACCUAUACCUUGUGAAAAGAAAGAAAUGUGGCGGAGAGAGAUGGAAUGGCUUCUUAGUGUUAGUGAUCACAUUGUUGAGUUAAUUCCUUCUUGGCAAACAUUUCCAGAUGGAAGUAAGCUUGAGGUAAUGACUUGCAGGCCAAGGUCAGAUCUUUUCAUGAAUCUUCCAGCUCUGCACAAACUUGACAAUAUGCUUCUUGAAAUUUUAGAUGGUUGCAAGGAUAUGGAGUUUUGGUAUGUUGACCAAGGGAUUGUAGCCCAAGAUGCAGAUGGAUCAGCUUCAUUUUGCAAAAGAAUUCAACGGCAAGAGGAUAAAUGGUGGCUCCCAGUUCCUCGUGUCCCCCCUUCUGGCCUCAGUGAGAACUCAAGAAAGCAGUUGAAUCACACAAGAGAAUGUGCAAGCCAAAUACUAAAAGCUUCUAUGGCUAUCAACAACGGUGCUUUAGCUGAAAUGGAAGUUCCCGAGUCAUACUUGGAAACCCUUCCUAAGAAUGGAAGGACUUGCUUGGGGGAUUUUAUUUACCAUUACAUCACAUCAGAGAAAUUCUCUCCAGAGUGCCUGCUUGAUUGCCUAGACCUCUCCUCUGAGCAUGUUGCACUAGAGAUUGCAAACUGUGUGGAAGCCUCGAUAUACGUGUGGCGUAGAAGAGCUCACUCUAAACCCCCAGCUAAUCCUAAUCGUUCAUCUACAAAGUCAUCCUGGGAAAUUGUCAAGGACUUCAUGGCUGAUGGAGAUAAGAGAGAACUACUAGCAGAAAGAGCUGAAAAUGUUCUACUUUCAUUGAAGCAAAGAUUCCCAGGUCUCACUCAAACUACCUUGGAUACCAGCAAGAUCCAGUGCAACAAGGAUAUUGGAAAAUCCAUACUAGAGAGCUAUUCAAGAGUGUUGGAGAGCAUGGCAUUUAACAUCGUGGCUCGCAUAGAAGAUUUGCUAUAUGUGGAUGACUUAACAAAACAUUCAGAUAGGUUUCCUCUGGUUCCAAUGACAGUGUCUGUCUCAGGCACUCCUCAUAAAGCAAUUGGCACACCAAGAAGCUUUUCACCUGCACCACCACUAAUUAGUCCUGCAAGGGGAGAGAGAUCCCCUUUCCUUGGCAACAACCACAACAACAAUAAUAAUAUCAAACCUCAACGUCGUGGCUUCGGGGUGAGAAGAGUAUUGUCAAAUUAUCUAGGGGCAGAAUCUAAAGAAACAAAGAUUUUAAGCAAUUCAACUGUGGUGAAUGGUUCAAACACAAGCAACAAUAAGGAAGAACAACCAGAACGUCAAAAGAAAUCACAUGCCAUGCAUGGCAAGACAAAAUGACUGGUGGUGAGGUUGUGUAUAGUAAAGCAGCCAUUUCUUUGUAUCUGUUUUUUUUUUAUCAGCAUUUCUUUGUAUCAUUUACUAGUAUCUUCUAUGGUUGAGUCCUAAAAAGUUCUGUUGUUAGUUGAUAAUGGAAAUGUGUAGUUGUUGGGGUUAUUAUUUACAGUCUUAAGUGAAAUCUGACACGGAUCAGUUCAGGACCAAUUGUAUUAAUUAGAAGAUUGUAUUGUAUGAUCAAUGAUCUAAUGUAGUUAGAGGACAUGGUUUUGUGUAUUCCUUCAA